AUGCGUGCCUUCAUUGUUUUGUGCUUGGUGGCUGUUGCCUGUGCCGAUAAAUUGGGUUAUAACUAUAAACCAGUUGGUCACUCCUCCUCCGGAUUAUCUUUCACUCCUGGUACUGGUGUUGGUACUGCCACCAAUGUAGCUCCCACCUAUACCGGUGGUGUUGGUACUUAUGGAGGUCAACAAGACUACGUUGCUCCCACCUAUACCGGUGGUGUUGGUUCCAGCAGCCCUCCCUCAUUCGUUCCACAAGCUGAACUCGAAAAGGAAUUCUACACUUACACCGCCAACGAUGCCGAUUUCAAUGAACCCGCCAGCUCAGAACAAUUGGCUAACUCCUUGAAGAAGGGUCUCCGUGUCAUUUUCAUCAAGGGACCCGAAAACAGUGGUUUGGAAGAUGCUGCCUUGGCUUUGGCCAAACAAGCUGCCCAACAAGAAACCGCCAUCUAUGUUCUCAACAAACAAGCUGAUCUUUCCGAUUUGGCCAACAAACUUAACACCAUCAACACCGGCAACAACAACAAACCCGAAGUUCACUUUGUCAAGUACCGUACUCCUGAAGAUGCUGCCAACGCUCAACGUGCUAUCCAAGGUCAAUACGAUAGUUUGGGUGGUCCAUCUCACAACAUCAAUGGUGGUGUUGCUCCAGUACUUAACUUUGCGUCGCAGGCUGCCGUUGCCCCUGCUCCUUCUCCUUCUACUCCUGGUUCUAGCUACUUGCCUGCAUCUAUUUUCCGUCAUUAG